AUGUCGUCAUCAUCAUCGAGUAAUAACAACAAUAGCAAUUCCUCAGCAUCAUCCAAUACUAAUAACAAUAAUACAAAUAAUACAAAUAAUAACAAUAACGCAGCAAAGAGAGCAAUGAAGACUAAACCACAAGCAGAGAAGGAAAUUAAACCUAAAAAGACACAGGAAGAGAAGGAUAAAUCGUUUAUUACAUCACAGGAGAUUAUUAGUAGAAUUAAAUGGGAUGAAAAGUUCUCAACCUUUCUUGAUGAUUUUACAAUUGGAUAUUUGGAUAGAUUUGAAGGCUUGAUGAAAUGUUCAGUGCAAGAAUUUGAAGAUUCUGGUGAAAUUCCAUAUCAUAGAAUUUGGUUUGUCUAUUUCAAUGGAAUUAUCAUUUGGGAUAGAGAGAAGAGAAUUGAUAAUGUUUCUAAAGGAAAGUUGGAAGUGAUUAUUUCAGAAUAUUUCAUAAAUAAGCAAAAGGAAGAGGAAAGAAAAAGAGCUGAACUUGAGAAGGAAAGUAAAAAGAAAAAGAAGAAAAGGCAACCUGUUGCUUCUGCUAGCUCAGAAUCAUCAAGUCAACCAACUGAACAAGAAUCUCAACGACAUUCAUCAGAUGAAGAAGGCAGUAGUGAAGAAGGUGGUAGCUCUUCUGAAGAUGAUGGAGAACAACAAAUCACUGAACAAGUCAUCUCUGAACCAUUAGAGCCAAAUACUGAAGAUAUUCUCUCUGCCUAUGCAGCUCAAUACAAGACUAAAAGAGUUAAAAAGGUCAUGUUCUCAAAGAAUAAGACUAGAAAAGCUCAAGAACAAUAUGAACCUGAGGAUGAUUUGGAAAAAUGGUUAUUGGAAAAUAAUGAAACCAAUGAGGCACUCGUUUUGCAGUUCCCAACCAUGAUUUCACAAAGAGGAGGUCACUACCAUAUCAUUUUCGAUUCACAAAAGAAAUAUAAUGAGUAUAUUAAUGCCUGGAAGAGCUCAAUUGAAAAGAACCAAAUUUGUUACAUUGAAGAAAUGAGAACAAAACAUGCAUUCAAACUCUAUGUGGAUAUUGAUAUCAAAUUAACAGUUCCAAACUCACCUUACAAUAUUAUUGAACAUGGUUGGAUCAAACUCAUUCAAGAUUUUGCAAAGGAAUAUUUCCAAGGAUCACAAGAUGUUUCAAUGUUAGUGACUGAAUGUCACUCAAAUUGGCACGAUAAGACCAACAAGACAGCCAAGUACAAAUCAGGAUACAGACUCUUUUUCCCAAGUAUAGUUGUUGAUUACGACAAAUUCUGUGAUUUUACCUAUCAACUUUCUUAUCACAUGUUGAAUGUUGUGGGUUCAUAUGAAAAUCAACCUGAAGAUUGGAGUUUUGAGGAUGUAAUUGACUUAAAAUCAUGCAACCACCCAAGAGUUAGACUUUUCGGAACCACCAAGUGGAGAAGAGGAAGACUGUUGCCAAGAAAAUAUACUUUUGCUGGUUGGUUUAAUACAGAUAGUGAGCUUGAUGAAAAGAAGACAACUGAGCUCAAGAAUAACUUGUUUGAAUUACUGAGAUUGACUUCAGCAAGAAUUGAAGAUCCUUUCGAAGAAUAA